ACUACGUUUUUCCACAAGGCGGCGAUAUACAUUUUCCGGGGCGGUAGUUUCUGCAGCAGCAGAGGAAGUGAAGCUGCACGGUAAACAUGGCUGACAGUGGAGAGACAGAUGGACCUGGCCAGAAAGAUGACCUUCAACGAGCAAAGAGUGAAGGCAAAGAGCUGACCAAAGAGGAGAAGCAACGGCUGAGGAAAGAGAAGAAACAGCAGAAGAAAAGCAAAGAGAAAAAAUAUGAUAAGGCACAGGAAAGCGAGAAAGAGAAGAAGCCUGUCAGUUCAGCUUCUCCAGCGUCCCAGCCCCCAACACAACCCACAACACAGAAAGUUCCUCCAGCAGUGCCUGCUCCGGUUCCUAUGCCUGCCUCAGAAACUCAGCCAGCUAAGAGUAAAGCAGAGUUGAAAGCUGAGAGGAGAGCUCGGCAAGAGGCUGAGAGGGCCUCCAAGCAGGGCAAGAAGGGAGAGGUGGGACAGCAGCCCGCCACGGGCAAACCUAAAGCACCGCCUAGUGAGCUGCAGCCAGUGGUGAAGAGGCUCCCAGUACAUGUCCAGGUGGACAACCCAGAGGUUUUAAAGAAACUGGCAAAGAAAUUGGAAAGACAACAGACACCAGGGUACAAUGCCGCUACAAAGGUCAAGAUCCCACUCCGGUUAGACUACGGCUACAAAGUCAGCCUGUUUUCUCAUCUCCACCAGUACAGUCGCAAAGCCCCUCUAACACAGCAACUCGGCAUUCCCUCCACAGUGAUUCAUCCUGCUAUUGUUCGACUGGGUCUCCAGUAUUCACAGGGCAUUGUGGCAGGAUCCAACGCUCGUUCUGUCGCCCUGCUGCAUGCCUUCAAACAGGUAAUAAGGGACUAUACUACACCUCCAAAUGAGGAGCUAUCUAGAGACUUGGUCAACAAGCUGAAACCUUAUAUCAGUUUUUUGAAUCAAUGUCGCCCUCUUUCAGCCAGCAUGGGUAAUGCAAUCAAAUACAUCAAGAAAGAAAUCUCCAAUAUUCCUAGUCAAUGCAAAGAAGAAGAGGCGAAGAGCAAACUGCUGAACUGUAUCGAGUGCUACAUUGAAGAGAGGAUCAUUCUUGCAGCUAAAGCUAUUGCCAAGUACUCCAUAGAAAAAAUCAGUGAUGGAGAUGUCAUCCUAGUUUAUGGAUGCUCAUCACUGGUCAACCACAUCCUGUGCGAGGCCUUUGAGAAAAGCAGGAAGUUCCGUGUGAUCGUGGUGGACAGCAGGCCUCGGCUGGAGGGCCGGGAGGCCCUGCGGCGCCUGGUCCAGAGAGGCAUCAGCUGCACCUACGUCCUUAUCUCGGCUGUCUCCUACAUCCUUCCAGAAGUAUCGAAGGUGUUUCUUGGUGCUCACGCUCUGCUGGCCAACGGUUAUGUCAUGUCUCGCGUGGGGACAUCACAGAUAGCUCUGGUGGCCAAAGCCUUUAACGUGCCUGUGCUGGUGUGUUGCGAGACCUACAAGUUUUGUGAGAGGGUGCAGACAGAUUCCUUCGUGUCCAAUGAACUAGAUGACCCUGAUGACCUAAUUGUAACCCGUAAAGGGAAGACCCAGCUAGAGCACUGGCAGCAAGUGCCCUCACUUGGCCUGCUUAACCUGGUGUAUGACGUGACACCGCCUGAUUUCGUGGACCUAGUCAUCACAGACCUGGGAAUGAUCCCGUGCACCUCGGUCCCUGUGGUGCUGCGAGUCAAAAACGUGGACCAGUGACAUCCUCCUGCUAACAUCAGCCUGAGCCUAGUGGCUUUUUCUCUGUUUUGAUGGGGGAGUUUGUGUGCUCGAAUGCAUGCACACAACACAAAAUAUCGUGCUUUUAGCAUGCAAUAAAUAUAUAUCUGAAAUGGCAUAAGCUUUGUAAA